GGCCUCCCUUCGCGCGGCUUAGUUUGACAAGGCGGCGCGGGCGCAAGAAACAACUAAGUUGCUUUGCGUUUACGUUAUCUGAAAAAACUGUUUGGUUUUUAUUUUGUUUUUGUAUGUGGUUUGUGUUUUUAUGAAACAAGUGUUGGAUGAUUUAUAUAAAAAUGGCGACAUCCACCAUGAUAUGCCUUCUCGCCAUGUUUGGCUUAGCAGUGGGUCAGUAUUUGAACCUGCUGCAAUCCAACCCAUCGCAGGCGUUCCUACAGGGCUUCCCGUCGAACUUCCAGGACAACAAUAUCGGUAUCUUCCCAGCUCAAAGAUUACCAGUCAAUGGACUUGGCUACUCCAAAACGAAGAAUAUCGAAGAACUUGCUUCAAAAUACAAAAACAGUUUCAGCAAUCCGCCUCCACCGCUCGGCGCUGGGCAAGACCCGGCCACACAAACAUGUGGUCUCGCCCCGGCCUUCUGUACGAAGUCCCGAUAUCGUUCAAUAGACGGUACUUGUAAUAAUUUACAACGACCGACGUGGGGUAUUCCGCAAACUCCUUACGGACGAUUAGUGAAGUUCAAAUAUGGCGACGGCAUCAGUUCCUUCCCAAGAGCAGUAAGUGGCAAAGAACUGCCCAAUCCGCGGGAAAUCAGCAGCUAUUUAUUUCCUAGCAAGCAACUUGUCGACCCAAUAUGGAAUUUAAACGCCCAACAGUGGGGUCAAAUUAUAACACAUGACAUGUCUCUUACUGCCGGCAUUGCUCAAAGUCAUAAAGAUACAGUGUCGUGUUGCGAUGACAACGGCCAAUUGUCCCGUGAUGCAGCGAGCAACCCUCUGUGCGCGCCCAUCAUCAUCCCCCCCACAGAUGCCGUGCACUCACAAGUGGGCACUCAAUGUAUGAACUUCGUCCGCACCGGAACCACCAGAGACAGGGGGUGUACACCACCCUUCGCACCGGCUGAACCGCUUUCAACUGUAACUGCAUAUAUGGACGCCUCGUUCUGUUAUGGUAGCAGUGAUGGUCAAGCCAGACCCAUUCGGUCUUACCUCGGCGGUCGAAUGAGGACCAUUUUGAGAAAUGGACGAGAAUGGCCACCUCAGGAUCCAAAUGUAACUCUGACCUGCGAAUCUGCGCAGUCUCCUAAUGAACCUUGUUAUUUGGCAGGUGACAUAAGAGUGAACCAGAACCCUCAGCUGACUAUCCUCCAGAUAAUCGUCCUACGUGAACACAACAGGAUUGCCGACGCGUUGUCUGCCAUCAAUCCUCACUGGGAUGACGAAACUCUGUACCAAGAAGCACGUCGCAUUGUUAUCGCUGAACUACAACACAUCAAUUACUAUGAAUACUUGCCUAUUUUCCUUGGCUACGACAAUAUGGUCAAAAAUAAACUAAUAUACCCCGGUGCUCACUCAUACGUCAAUGAUUAUAAUCCGAACGUGGAUCCAACUGUUCUUGAUGAACACGCCACUGCUGCUUUCAGACAUUUCCAUACUCUAAUCCGAGGAUAUCUACAGUUAAUUUCAGAGAACAGACGCUUAGCUGGAAUAGUACGUUUGAGUGACUGGUUCAAUAGGCCAUUGUUAGUCGAGCUCGAGAACGCCUUUGACGACUUGACGAGAGGGCUUACCUUUCAACCUCAGGACUACAGCGAUCAAUUCUGGGACAGCGAAAUUACUCAGUUUCUUUUCAAGCGAAACAAUACAUUCGGCGGGGAUCUUCGAGCGACAGACAUACAGCGCGGUCGUGACCACGGUCUUGGAAGUUACGUGGCGACCCGCGCAUCUUGUGGCUUAUCCGUCCCUAAGAGCUUCCAUGAAAUGACUGACUUCAUACCCAAGCAGAACGUUCAGUUACUAGAACUCAUCUACGAACACCCAGAGGAUGUGGACUUGGUCGUAGCGGGCUCCCUGGAGACUAAUGUGCCGGGAGCGCAGACUGGGCCGACGUUCCUGUGCAUAAUCACUGAGCAGUUUUAUAGGACAAGAGUCGGCGAUCGUUUCUUCUUCGAAAACGGCGCCGAUCCUGAUAUUGCUUUCACACCGAGUCAACUCGAGUCUAUACGCCACGGUGCCUCCAUAGCACGUGUAUUGUGCGAUAACAGUGAUAAUAUCCAUCACAUGCAACCGAAAGCCUUCCAACAAAUAUCACACAGCAAUAAGCCAGUGCCAUGUUCAAAGUUGCCUGCGAUCGACCUCACCUUAUGGCGCGAUGUCGGUUUCUAAUUCAACCAUUUUUCGUACUUAUAUUUUUAAGUGUGUACAAGCAAAUAUGUAGUAUUGCCAUGUUAAAAGUAUACAUAAUAUAAUAUAUACAUACGUAGACGUUGUAAAUAAUGUAAUUACAUAUACUACAGCUAUUUCUUUUAAUAUAAUUUAAGUUUUGCGUCUGAAUGAAGUUCUUUUUAUUUCAGUGUAUUACGUCUUUUUAAUUUUUUUUAAUUUAAUUUGGGAACUAAAAAAUAUUUUUAAUUAAAUAAAUCGAACUUAGAUACCUCUCAAAUAGAGCGUUAAAUCUACACAUUUAAUUAUUUUAAGUAUAAAGAGUUUUGGUUUGAUUUUGUGCUAAUUUAUUUUUCAAUUUUUUAUUUCAUGUGUGUAUGUUUUUUGUAUUUAUUUUUAACAUUUUCUCAAUAUGAGAAGAGUAUCAUAAAUUGUAAAUAA